AUAGCAGUGGCAUCUACACUGUUUGUCAUAGACUCUAUAUAUCUCUCUAUCCCCCUCUCUCUCUCCCCCCCGCCCUCUCUCCCCUGCUACCAGGUGUUGAAGGGGUUCCCAGAGUGUCUCCAGGCUGACAUCUGCCUCCACCUCAACCGUACCCUCCUGGAGAACUGCAAAGCCUUCAAGGGCUCCACUAAGGGCUGCCUGCGAGCCCUGGCCAUGAAGUUCAAGACCACCCACGCCCCGCCCGGCGACACCCUGGUGCACGCCGGCGACGUGCUCACCGCCAUCUACUUCAUCUCCCGCGGCUCCAUCGAGAUCCUCCGAGGCGACGUGGUGGUGGCCAUCUUGGGUGAGGAUGAUAGAGGAUAGGAGCUACUAUUAGUGUAGCAUGUAUCAACCCAAAUAGUACAGGUUCUACAGCUAGUCUAGCAUGUAUAUAGGCUACCAAAUGAAAGACUAUAGGGUCUACUGUCACUCUAUAGGGUCUACUGUUGCUAGUGUAGCAAGUACCAAGCCAAAGGGGAAAUAAUUGAAGAACAAACUGAAUUUGGUAUAUUCAGAUAUGAUGUGCUAGGGAAACUCAUAGAUGGUCAGAGAUGGGCAAAUAAGAUAUACAGACUUUCAAAGACAAUUCUCCCCAGCAUAGAUAAUAUAUAGGCCAACACUGCCAUCUACUGGGCAACAAUAUGACCCAAUUUAUACCUCAUGCAGCUUCAAACUCUGGGCAGUCGAGAUGGGUGAAAUGCUAUUUCAGCACUGCUAUGUACCAUUUUGAGUUAUUCAAAUAUGUAAAUUUGCCAUGUAACUUUCCAGUAAUACCAUAGCACUGUAAAACAUUAGCAUUUUUCGAUGUACUGUAUGUAAAAAUGUCCUCUCUUUACUCACAGGGAAGAAUGACAUCUUUGGCGAGCCCAUCAACCUUUACGGGCGAGCUGGGAAGUCCAACGCCGAUGUGAGAGCUCUGACCUACUGUGACCUCCAUAAGAUCCACAGAGAGGACGUCCUGGAGGUGUUAGACAUGUACCCUGAGUUCUCCGACCACUUCUGGAUGAACCUGGAGAUCACAUUUAACCUCCGGGAUGUGAGUGUGACCUCUGCCCUUUGA